ACCCCGCAGAAGCUCACCCCCAGGAAUUUCCUCCAACAUCCUGAACUUUAAAGUUUAAGUUUAAGGUAGACACCAAACUCCCAAACUACCUUACUUACCUUACCUUCCAUACCUCAAAAAAUGGCCGACCAAGAAGAUCCCAUCCACCACAUCACCUCCCUCUCGUCCCUCGCCCCGCUGAGCUCCACGCACAAAUACCUCAUCCUCGACUUCACCGCGCAGUGGUGCCCGCCGUGCAAGGCCAUCGCGCCGCUGUUCAGCAGGCUGGCCAAGGAAUCCGCCGUCCCAAACGUGCUGGCCUUUGCCAAGGUCGACGUGGACGAGGCGCCCGACGUGGCGCAGAAGUUCGGCGUGACGGCGAUGCCGACCUUCCUGUUCCUGGUCGACGGCGAGCCGAAGGGCGUCCCCGUCGAAGCGGUGGCUGCGGUGCCCAGCGUGAGCAAGGACGACGAGGGCCGCGUCGUGCAGAUCCGCGGCGCGGACCCGCGGAGUCUGGUCGCUGUUGUGCAGGAGGUGGCGAGGCUGGCCAAGGAGGAGGCGGAGGGUGGUGGUGAGGAGAAGACCUCUUAGACAGUUGGCGUAUCGGUUGGGGAAGGAUGCCGGCCAAAUGGCUGCAGCGCGAGAGAGGCCGCUCAAGUGUGAGCCUGAUAGAUUCAAUGGAGCGACGAGAUACCCUCAAUAGCGUGCGGGUCCAAUGCCCUUGGAUAGCAUGGACUCUUCAAGUUGCUUCAACACUACUUGUUGUCCAAUUGUUUGAGUGGUUACACUCCGGUGACACAUGUGCAGCAACGACGCGCGAGAAAACAAGUAGAUGGUGCAUUAUACAUGCUCCGGGACCAAAUGGUA